AUGAGCUCUCUCGCCGUUUGUCGACCGUCGGCCGCGACGCUGCGCGCCUCGCCACGUCAUGCUAGUUCCCCUCGUGCAUUUUCUUGGCAAGAACUAUCAGGACUAGCCUGCACAGGCAGAAACUCAAGCAAGUCGAAUGCGUUAACGUCUAGAGCUCCUUCGUCUCGUUCUGCCGAAUACCGUGUUGCUGACGUGUCUCGCUGUCGGUCUAAUCGCGUGAUUACACGUGCUGCAGCGUCCUCCUCUUCUUCCUCGACCUCCGUGUCCGCCGCUGAUGUUUCUGCACCUAUUACUCUCACGUACCUCGAAGGCAACAGCUGGCUGUGGUCAGUGGACGGAGUGAAAGUGCUCGUCGAUCCAAUCAUCGAGGGUCCUCUAGAUUUCGGUAUCCCGUGGCUCUAUACGGGGUACAAAAAAGUGCUCAAGUCGCUCUCGCUGGAUGACGUCAUCGAUGCUGACGUGGUGCUUAUAACCCAAUCGUUGGACGAUCACAUGCACGUGCGGACGCUCAAGGCGCUGGCAGCCAGACGGCCGGACGUCCCUGUGAUCGCCACUCCCAAUGGAAAAGCGUUUCUGGACUCCCUGUUCUCCAAUGUGACAUACAUAGAGCCCGGUUCCUCCACCUCCUUCACUUCCUCCAAAGGAGCCCGACUGUCAGUCAAGGCUGUGCCUGGGCCUGUGCUGGGUCCACCCUGGCAGCGACCAGAAAACGGGUACAUCGUUCGGGGGGAGGCAUCAGGCGCCUCUAUUUAUAUUGAGCCACACUGUGUGUUUAACGAGGCAGCCCUUAAGGAGGGCGGUGAGCGAGUGGAUGUGCUGGUGACACCGGUGGUGAAACAGGAGUUACCUGGUUACACCCUCGUGUCAGGGCAGGAGGAUGCUGUGAGGCUGGCUAAGGUAGUGGGCGCCAGAUAUGUGGCCCCUAUGGCUAAUGCUGACGUGGAUGCGUCAGGGAUAUUGAGUGCUCUUGUAACUCCUAACGGCACACUCAGUUCAUUCAAGGAGAUUCUUCGCUCAGAGGAUGGAAUUAAUGUGGAGGUGCUGCAGAUUGUACCUGGCCAAGCUCUACACUCGGUGCGCCGCUUAUACGAGAACAUCGUGCCGUCCCAUACGGUGUACGACGUGGAGUCACCGGAGCACGUGAUUCGCCGGUUCAGCCACGAUGGGCAGUACCUCAUUUGCUUCUCCUGCAACGGCUUUGAGCUCAUUGUCUACCGCUUUCACUGGUUCAAGUACGGGGCGCAGGGGGCAGCGGGAGUCGCAGAAGCAGAGGAAGACGACCACCUGCCAGCAGCUUCUAGGAAGUUUCCGAGCUACUUUGAGCAGCUGUACUGCGCGCCACUGGGGCGGGGCAGCGAGGUGCUGUGCAAGGACCUCUUCCUCUGCUGCCAGGGAUCUGCCUUGGGCGUGUUUGCGUCUGCUACUCCUGCGGAUUUAGCCUCUCCUCCUAGAGUCGGGGCAGUCAAAGGGGUGCCUGCUAUGGAAAGCAUCACUCUACACCUCGUCAGGCUGUGUGAUGGCAAGGUGGUGGACAGGCGUGUGUUCCGAGAUGACUACAUCAACCUCACCCACAACGGAGGGGCGUUUCUGUACGACGACCUGCUGUCCGUGCUCAGCAUCCGCUUCCAGAGAAUACACUUGUUCCAGCAUCCGCUUCCAACGAAUCCACCUCUUUCAGAUAGUGGAGGCAGCAGAGCGGUUUGUGGAUGUGCAGGUGGUGGGGCCGUUUGGGUGUGUGACGAUGAUGAGCUGCUGCUGCAGUCGCAUUUUCAUGAGGAGUGGCGCUUCCAGCGGCAUUUGGCUGAGCUGAGGAGUGGUGCUUCCCUUUUCCCCGCCCCUCUUCCCCCUCCCUUACCACAGAUAGUGGAGGCAGCAGAGCGGUUUGUAGACGUGCAAGUUAUUGGGCCAUUUGGAUGUGACGAUGAUGAACUGCUGCUGCAGUCGCAUUUCCACGAGGAGUGGCGCUUUCAGCGGCAUUUGGCUGAGCUGAGGAGGAGGCAGGCCAUGGGAAGGAGGGGAGGGGGUGGUGAGGGGAGUGGAGGUGUGGGAGGUGAGGAGGGGAGUGGAGGUGUGGGAGGUGAGGAGGUGAUUAGUGAGGGGGUUGUGGCGGGGUAUUCGGAAGAGGAUGAGGAGGGGGAGGAGGAGGGGGAGGAAGGGGACGGCAGGGGGGAGGGAGAUGGAAGGGGAGGGCGGGAGGGGGGAGAUGGAGAGGAAAGGGGAGGGGGAUUGGGAGGAGCGAGGGGAGGAGGUGAAAGAGGGGAGGGAGAGAGGGUGGGUGAUGCAGAGAGGAAAGGCAGCACUAAGGUUUUAGAGGGAAGGGCUGAUGAAGGUAGAACGAGGGAAGAGGAGGGGAGGGAGGCGGAUGAGAGGAGUCAGGGUGAGGGGAGUAGGGGGGAGGGAAGUAGGGGGGAGGGGAGUAGGGGGGAGGGAAGUAGGGGGGAGGGGAGUAGGGGGGAGGGAAUUAGGGGGGAGGGGAGUAGGGGGGAGGGAAGUAGGGGGGACGGGAGUAGGGGGGAGGGAAGCAGGGGUGAGGGGAGCAGGGGUGAGGGGAGCAGGGGUGAGGGGGUCGAGAGGGGUACGGGACAGGAGAGGAAGCGGAAAGAGACGCAAGGGCUGGGAGGAGGGUAUAUGGAUGGGAGGCAGGACGAGCAGGGUGUAAAGAGGCCGAGAUUGAGACUGGAAAGCGUGAGGGAGGAGGGGGUGGAGGGGCAUGGGGGAGAGGAUGGGGUGGAAGGCCAUAGAAGAAGAGAGGAAGCGGGGGAAGGAGGAGGGGGAGGAAGCGGGGGAGUGAGAGGAGAGAGAGGAGAGGGAGGAGAGGCAAAGAUUGGAUUGGUAAGAGAGGGAAAAGGGGAAGGAGGAGGAGGUGGGGAAGGAGGAGAAGGGGAAGAAGUAAAGAGAUGUGAAAGAGGUACAGGGGCCACUGAAGGUAACGAGGGAGCUAUUGGAGUGAGAGGAGAAAGCGGAGGAGGAGGAGGUGGGGAAGGGGGCGAGGCAAUGGGUCACAGAAGUGACAGAGGGAAGGAAACGGGAGGAGGAGAAAGCGGAGGAGAAAGAGGAGGAGCAAGAGGAGGAGCGGGGGGAAUGGGAGGGGUAGCGAUGUAUGAGAGGAGGUAUGGGGGGGAGGAUGGGCGGUUGUUAGAGCCGUGCACAGCCAUGGGUCCCCCUGGUGGGGGAAGAGAGGGGAGAAGAGAGGGAGGAGCAGGAGCAGGAGCAGGAGCAGGAGCAGGAGCAGGAGCAGGAGGAGCAGGAGCGGGAGGAGCAGGGGGAGGGAGGGGUGGGGAUGUGUGGAUGCAAGGGGGGGCUGCUGCUCACAGCCUUACCAUGUCUACCUUUGGCUCUAGCCUCUUUAGCCUCUCGUAUGGGCCUGACGGACAGGCAUCGUUUCGGUCGCAGUCGCAGACCGCCUCGCACACUCACUCUCACUCCCACACUCUCUCGCACACCCACUCUCACUCACACUCGCAUGCCCACUCGCGCGGACAUUCCCACGCUCACUCCCACUCGCACGAUCGUGCGAGCGGGGGGAUGGGGCAUGGAGGGACAAGUUCAGCAGGAGCAGCAAGAGGGGGCCUUCCGUUCUUCUUUGGAGCAAUGGGUGCAGCAGCAGGGGGGAGGGGCGGGAGGGGAGGCACUGGGGAGGGGGGAGAGAGGGGGGUGAGUGGUAGGACGCUUGGGUCUAGGAGUCAGGGAGAGGGGAGGGAGAGAGGGAUAGGGGGAGGGGGAUCUGAGAGGGAGAGAGGGGGCAGGGAGAGGGGCAGUAGGAGACGACGUAGCAGACAGACGGGGGAGGGCGGCGGCGGGUCAGGAACGGGCGGCGGUGGGGCGGCGAGGUAUGUUGUUAGUGACAGGGGGAAUUUGGAGGCGAUUACGAGGCAGCAACUGGGGGGAGGAGCGGGGGGAAGGGGGAGAGAGGGCGUGGGGGGAGCAGCAGGGGGAGGAGCAGCCGCAGGAGGAGGGGCAGGGGGAGAAGGAGAGGCAGGGAGAGUAGGAGGAGCAGCGGCAGCAGGAGCAGGGAGAGGGGUGGGGGGAGGAGUGGGAGCAGCGGAACUGGCAGGGGAAGGAGGAGAUGGGGGUGCGCAUGGGCAUGGGCAUGGGCAUGGGCAUGGGCAUGGGCAUGGGCAUAGGGAUGGGGAUGGGGAUGGCCUAGAAGGUGGACGAACAGAUGGUGCUGCUGGUGGGGGGGGGGGUGUAUCUGCUCCCAUGCCUGGGGAUGCUGCUGCCAGUGGUGCUGGGAGAUUAGGAGGUGUGCCAGGAGAAGGAGCAGGAGGAGCGGGAGGAACGGGAGGAGUGGGAGGAGCGGGAGGAAGAGGAGGAGGGGGAAGAGGGGGAGGAGCGGGAGGAGGGGGGAGAGCAGGGGCGGCAGGGGGAGGUGGGUUCGGGGGAGCUCUAGCCGGGCUAGAGAGGGAAGGAGGGGGAAGGGAGGCCAGUGGGUGGGGUGACGGGAGGUGGAUGUUGGGGGGUGAAGGGGAGGAGGCGGGCAUGAGGGGCAUGGGCGAUUUGGGAAUGUUGGGAGGGGGGAUGGUGAAUGCUGGGGGGCUGUUAACAGGGGGUGGUUUGCUGAGUGUGCUGAUGCAGCGGCUGCUGGUGCAUGUGUAUGAGUGCCACCUGGGGGAUGCAGUGGGGUCGAGUGCGGUGGGGUCUGGCUCAGCUGUUGGACCGCUGUCAUCUGCUCAUCCGCCUGGGAUGGGAUGGGAAGCAACGAGGGUGUGGUGCUGCGAGCAUCUGACAGCUCCCAUCAAGUCGUUGCGCUUUCUUUCAUCCUCCUAUUCUGUGUUUCACCCCAUGCCAGGCGCAGCUGUUGGACCGCUGCCAUCUGCUCAUCCGCCUGGGCAGCACGGAAGGGGUGGUGCUGCGAGCAUCCGACAGCUCCCACCAGAACUCCUUCUUUACCGUUUACAACUUUGUCACAACGAGAGUGCUCUGCUUCUAUCAGGUGAGUGCUCCGCCAGUAGAAGGUCAGUGGACAGAACAGCAGUGAGUGAGUCAACCCAUUCAAUCAAGCCAAGAGCAUCUGACAGCUCCCACCAGAACUCUUUCUUUACUGUCUACAACUUCGUGACCACCAGGGUGCUCUGCUUCUAUCAGAACUCCUUCACCGUUUACAACUUCGUCACAACGCGGGUGCUCUGCUUCUAUCAGAACUCGUCAGAGGACUUUCUCUCUGCGUUUGAGCACUUCUGUGACCACUUUCGAGCGCCGCCGCGGUCCCCGGCGGGGUUUUCAUUCAUCAGCAGCUGCGCCAACAACGUGUUUUCCCGAGAGGCGUUCAAGAAGCAGAAGGCAGCACUUGUGACAUGCAAGGGAGGGUCACAGACGCAGGCAAUCAAGCGAAUGCUGGGUGCUCUUCCCUACAGUGCAAUGAAUCGACACUCAUUUGGGUCAUCUGGUCCCGUGCUUAUCAUCCAUGUGUCCUUUCUGGCUCUGCAGGCAAUCAAGCGAAUGCUGGCUGCUCUUCCCUACAGUGCACAGACCUACUCCCCAUCUCCCUACUUCGACCAGUCGCUCUUUCAUUUUGAUGAAAAGGUGAGGGUCAGCAUUGGAGGGUGGGUUCAAUUCUCUUUGUACAGUAACCCUCACUAG